AUGGUCAACCAACUUUCAUCAAAAGAAUCAGAAAUUUUUUUAAUUAGUAAUAGGUUUGAUGAAAAAGAGAUAAAAAUAUUUGAAAAUAUAUUUAAUUUAAUUGAUUUAGAAUCAAAGGGAUAUAUAUGUAAAGAAGAUUUUGAUCAAUAUAAAAGCAAUAAAACAGGAUUAAAUAGUUUUAAUAUAGAAUUUGAAAAGUUUUUAAUUUUUAAUAAUUCAACAAUUACAUUUUAUCAAUUUUUAUCAUUAUUAAGUUUAACAGGGAUUUCUUUAAAUAUAACAACACCUCCAAUUGAAAAUGAAAGCAAAUCCAUUUCAAGUAGUUAUUCACGUUUAUCAUUUGUACCUACUUCUGUAGCUCAACAACAGAUUUCACAACUAUUUAAUAAUAAUAAUAAUAAUAAUAAUAAUAAUAAUAAUAAUAAUAAUAAUAAUAAUAACAAUAGUAAUUCUCCACAAUUUUCUUCUUCAAAUUCAACACCUACUAUACAAUUUAAUAAUUCACCACCAUCAUCACCAUCAAUUUUAACCUCAACCCACUUACUAAAUUCACACUCAUCAUCAUCAUCAAAUUUAGUUCCAAUUACAACUACAAUUGCUGAAUCAACUUUAAUUGAAACAAUUGGUAAAGGAAGUUUAAAUAAUAUUGGUUUGAAUAAUAAUAAUAAUAAUCAAAAUAAUCAAAAUAAUAAUAAUAAUCAAAAUAAUAAUAAUAAUAAUACAGAUAGCGAUAAUGAAAAUAAAAGAACAAGUAGAAUGGGUUUGGGUGGUCAUAGAGGAAAAUCAUAA